AUUGAUUUAUUCAACUUUCGUUUGUUUAUAAAAUGUCUUCAUCGUAAACGGCGUGUUUACAAAUCGUUUAAAAAACCGAAAAUAUAGUCGAGUUAUCCAAUUCUAUUCUCGCUGGAAUGGAUCGAUCUAUAUAUCUGCAAUCGACUGAGUAUCGUGCUUGCGAUCGCUUGCUUUUGUUGGGGUAGUUUCCGUUGAUAUGCUAAAUUUAGCAACAUGUCAUUUACUGUCCGCAGAGUUGAGGAUCCAACAAUAUAUGUAAGAAGAAACAUUAGGCCUGAUGUAUUUGGCAUAUCAAGUGCUUGGGAUAAUAUUGCUGACAUUAAACAAUCACUAAGCAGACUAGAAGAUGACGUUGUAGCUGCAAAAAAAUGGCCAAAAGUGGCCAAAAACAUUCAUUCUUCGGAUGGCAAAGUUUUAAAAGAAAUUUCAAGUGAAAAACAACAGUUUGGAAAAGUGACUCGCUUUCAACUUUUGGACAAUACUGCAUCAAAAGCGGAGGCAAGGAAACCUAAGGCUGAUUGGUCAAAGGUUUCAGAUAUUUCAUCUAUUCCCAAAGCAGGUUACUCCAACCUGAAUCGAGAAAAAGAUGGCUAUUCACCAACACGUUACACAUAUGGUGUGUCAAAGCCUGGAAAUAUUCACAGUGAACGACCGACUUAUUUUGAGACAACCACAAUCCACCCAACUGUUCUUAAUGAUCCGCCAUCAAGCAAGGAUAGCUCAUUUGCUAAUACAACUGUCAAUAGUUCAUCAUCACAACAGUUCAGUGUAACAUCAUCACCAUCAUUUCAUGGCAAGACAGUUUUAGCAAGAAAUGAAGCUGGUCUGCAGAAGAUCAAGGAGAAGGUUCAAAAACAAAAGGCAAUGCUUUCAAAACAGAAAGACAAAGGUUUGGGUGGUCGAAGACUACAUGAAAGUAAUGAUCAUGUGAGUAUGUCAGAUGAACCAUGUGACCAGAAUGAUGUAAAGUUUUCUUUACCACUGAAAAGAAAGGUUGGCACAAUUUCUGCAUCUGGACCAACAUACAAAGGUUUUAAUGCUGUCUCAGAACCAAAGCAGAAAAAGGUUGAAAAUAAGAAACAAGCAGUUCAAACAAAAAUUCCCAAGGAUACCAAAAACAAGGUGUUGUUGAAACCUCAUCAAAAACAGGAGGGAAAAAAUGCCAAAGGCAAAAUGACGAGAAUUAUUGGCUCUAAAAGGCAACAAGAAGUUAUAACUACAACAUCUUGGCGAGAUGGUCAUGCGAAUGUAAAACGAUUAUUAAACGCUAAAAAAGCCAAAACAGCUGAUAAAGAAACUAAGAAAACAUUGCCUGGGCCUGCAACAGAAAGAACGGAGAAAGGUCCAUUAAAGAAUGACAGGAAAAAUGCAACAUUUCAAGUUUGUUCGCAAUCUGAUGAUGAAAUCAGCGAAGGACGUUUAUCUUCAGAUGAUGAUGUCAUUGAACGCUUCAAUGCAAAAAUUGAAAAGUUUGAGGCUGAGAAAGAUGUGUCAGAGGUUAAAGAUGAAACAUAUAAACCUUCAGAAAAUGUUAGCAUAGAUUCUGAUGAGGAAAAUAUAAAAGACAUUUUGUCUAAAGAAGCAAAAAGUAUGCUCGCUGAUCUUGCACAGGAUAGCUCAGAAGGUGAUGAAGAGCGGAAGUGUAGCCCUUCAAAAAAGAACACUUUAAAAAGGAAGAAAGCACAACCGACUCGAAAACCAACCGAAGAUACAUUUCCGAAAGGGAAAACUCGCCAUUACGACCAGGCCGAAGUUCAGAAAUACAUGGCCCAUCAGCUGGCGGAGCGUAAGAAGAAACAAAAACAAGAAAAGAUUCAGAAAAAGAAAAGAGAAGAAGAGAAACAACAACGUUUGAAGGACUUGUACGAGAGGCAGAAGAAGAGUUUUGCACCAGCAAAGAAAGACAAGCGACUUGGAAAGACUUUCUCAUUUGGAAAUUUUGACAUCAAUAUACCAGGACAGGAAAGAAUUGAUCCUGAAGAAGACAAUGAAGAAUAUAUAAACGAUAAUCAGGUUGUCCAGAAAUCAACGCAAAACGAGUCAGACAAGGAAAACAAAGCGAUUAAUGACAUAAGUAAUGAACCGUUAUCUGAGCCAUGCAGUGACGACGACGGUGACGUCACAUUAACAGGAGAUAUAUCAACCAAUCAGACAUCAGAAGAAACAUCACGUCACAGUUCGCUAGGACCAAUUUUACCUCCAGAACCCAGUGAGGCUCCAUUAGAUCAACGAGUCAAGCGGCUCACUGCUCUCCAGGCUACGGCGCUCGCCCUUCAGUCGCGCCUGCAGACACAUGCGUUACGUCUCAGCGGUGGUACGGAAGGAGCUGUUUCUCAACCUGCUGUCGAAGUUUCAGCACAACCGAAAGCCAGGGAGACUGGAUUCCAGGGAAUAUUACCAGGCGUUGCAAAUAUCAGACAACAGGCCGAUGAAAAUGAAAAACAGUCUACCAGAGCGGCGGCAGCGACUACAAUUCAAGCAGCAUACCGCGGACACACGGUGAGGAAGAGAAAUGAAUGGAAUGAGAGAAAAACCACACAACACUCGAGACGAAACACAACCCAAACGAUAGGUGGAGAAAAUAAUGCUCGUGAUAUGUCACGUGAAGGUAAUGUUGAAGCAAGCUUGUUCCCAGGACCUUCUCUCCGACUGAACAUAGAGGAACCUCGGUUCUCUGAAGGCUCAUCUGAUGAGGGAUCCAUCCAGUUUACAAAUAUUCGGCCGUUUUAUGGAACAGAAACAUUGAAUAACGACCUGAAGCGUUCUCCCGCGAAGCAAGAAAGGAAAUUCCAACUGGAUGACCUCAGAACACGGUCUAACUUUCUUCGUAAUGAUAUCACCACAUCUCAUCUCACGGCUCCAACUGUUCACUACGAGCCAAGAGGAGACAGGUUUAGUGUUAUGAACAUUUUUUCUCGUCGACAUCCAACGUUACCAAUUGACGAUAUUUUAAACGAUGAGCCAGGCUCUGAGACUGCCAGUUUAUUGGAGGUCGACAGAAGGAAAAGUCCUGAUCAAAAUAUUGAAUAUGACGAUGACUUUACAGAUGUCGACAUUUCUUCUGUGACAACAGAGGGGGAUUUAAAGAAGGAUGCAUCAAAAGCUGGAACCUACUCAGAAUGUUUUGAAACAGACGAAGACGUCGAUAAAACGAACACAGAGACGAAGACUAAGUCUGGUCGUUCGACUUCUGGUCGUUCGACUUCAGAAGGAAGAGAUAACGUUUUAUUCACAGAAGUUGAUGUUGAAAAGAAACAGUUAUCGGAACGAGAGAAGCGAAACAGAGUCUCGCCAUUGCAUGAAAAUGACCACAUAUUAAGCUCAAACGAGAAAGAUGGUUUUGUUAUUCCUUCAACUAGGCAACACCGUACUAGGUCCAGCCCCUCUAUUUCUCCGUCGGAGGAAAAUGAACCAAUCAGACGUCGGGUUUACAUCCCUCGACCCAUGGACCGUACUGGCGGCAACAGGCUCUCUCCAGACUCCUUACAACGAAAGCUCACGGCUGAGAUCAAUUUAUUGGAAAAUGUCGAGGAUUCGGUACGUCAAGUAAACGACAUUGAAAGGACCAGAGCUGUUUCAUUAGCACAACAAGAGACCGUGUCAUUGGCACAAAUACUCAAGGCGAAACAACAAACACAUGAACACGAGAUGCAUCAUUUAAGGCUGAAAGCGAAGGAAGAAGCAAUCCAGGCUGCCAGAGAGCUAGAGAAGACUCGACAGGCAGCGGCAAUGGCAGCCUCAUCAGCUGCUGAAAGACUUGCAGAGGUCCAAAGUGAGGCGAUAAAAACAAACGCAGAACAUUCCAGGAAGUACAUAGAAGAGGCAACAAAGAUGACGUCAGAUCUCCUAACUAACACCUCUAAUCAACUUGCGGAAUUUUGUAAAAACGUGACAAGCACAACAAGCGCAGCAGUUGAAGGUCUGCACAAGACAAAACGACCAACUACGACACUUGUCGAACGUGCUACAAGUAUCAGCGAAGGCCACGCGAUGAAUUCCGAACAUAGCACGAGUGAUGAUCGAACUCGCACGGGUGAUGAGCAUACACGCACACGUGAUGUCAUUUCUAACCAAUCAAAAUCAUUUGAAAGUUUAUCUUCCGUAGCGUCACCACGUCAAGCGGGUGGUUACUCAAGCGACGAGUUUGAUUCGUAUGCAAGUCAAACAGCAAGGAAUGACGGUUCCGAUGUAAAAUCAGCAAUCACAGAUCAUGCCUCAUUAACAGCAGAGAGCAUCGCCGAAGAUCUCCCAGAGAAAAGUGUGUCCGAAGAGGAUACGACAAUUCACGAAGAUGAUACGACAGUGAACGACGAUUCUGACUUACGAGAUGGAUCAUUACCAAGGGAACGCUCAAGAAGAAAUCAUGGCUCGGUAUCAUCAAUCCUCGACUAUAGUUCACAAUUUGACGAUUCUUCACAUCCGCCAACGGACGAAGAUAUCGAUUUCAAUUUUCUUUUGCCAUCGAGAGAACAUCGAAGGAAAAGCAUGAAUAGAAUUAAGGAUAUUUCAUUCAGUGAAGAAAAAAGAAAGGAGAAAUCACAUCGUACGCCAUUUGAAAGCGACGACUCUUUCGGUAAAUUCACCGUUGACAUGAUCCAACAAUACGUGCACGAGGAAGAGGUACGAACGAAACAUCAAGCAGCCAUCUUGAGAUUACGAGAGAAGUCUCUGAAAGACAAGACUAAGGCUGAACUGCAAUGGCUAGAACAGAUGAAGAAACAAUCACGUGAUAAAGGAUCUGAUGACGUGAUGCCGUCAAUAAAAAAGCGGGAAAGAGGAAUCAGGAUGAAACAUAAAGCAGAGAAGGAGGAGAUAAAGUGUUUGAAAGCUGCAAAUAGAGCUGCAAGUUUUCAACGACGUUUUAUGAUUUAUCAACAACAAGAAAUACGACGACUACAUCAGGCCACACUGAAUAUCCGGGAGAAAAUCCAGAAAGAUCCGUCAAAAAAAGACCGCAGUUCACGUUCGCCAUCACAGAGUCACCCCAGGACAUCUUCUCCAGUUAAAAAGCAGGACACGCAAUCCACGCCAUCGAGCCGCUCAAAAUCGAAACCUGACCACUCAGCCAAGAGUAUAUCAGAGGAUAUCAGUGGUGAUCAUGGGUCAUCUCAUAUAUCCCCUAAUAACACUGCGUCGUCCUUUCCAUCAUACAGCACUCCAAAGUCGGAGGAUGAGACCCAGGGACGACGAAGCGCCGCAGGGCGAGGUGAAGAAGAACCUUCCAGUAUUCUUCAACUGUUGAGCACCGUUGAUGGUCAGGUUGCCCCUAAUCAAAGUGAAGAACUUGUCAAGAUCCACAAGAUGUUAUUAGAGAGACAACAGAAGUUAGUCAAAGAUGAAUCAGACGUCAACAGUAUGUUACAGAAAGUCACGGAAAUGUUGAAGAAUCAGAGGAAUCUCAGCCAAUCAGCAGCCGCUAUUUCCAACGCUGGCCAAUCAGGAAGCUCUGUUUCUACUGGCGGCCGAUCAAAGGUUGCUAUUUCGGAAGCCAGCGAAUCAAAACUCUCAAACGACACGGGUGGGAAAAGCCCGAGCGAGCAGUCAAUACCGGAAGAGAUUUCACGCACGGCAAAAUCAGUUACGGACGAAGCAAAGACGGAGAGUGCCGAAAGAACGGCAAAUGAUUACGAUAACGCUACGUUUGAAUCCGAUGACAGUACGCCGCGAUCACGACGAUCUAUGACAUCACAGCAUAUGACGUCACAAAAUGGUGAAGCGAAUGUUGAGGACGAGAUACUUUCGUUGACUGAAACUUCUGACCAGAGUGACGUUGAGGAAAGAGUAAGAAGGUUAAAUGAGGUAUUAGAGAAAGAAAAAAAGAAAGCGGAGCUGCUCGAGAGAAAAAAGCAAAAAAUUAAACGAAGUGUCAUGAAGAAAGAAGCCCUGAAACUUGAGAUAGAAAUAAAGAAUACAAGAGAUGAUAUUCAUCGAAAAUUAGCUGAGAUCAAGACCGCGUCUGCCGGUGCGCAGAAAACAUCCCCGGUGUCAAAUGAGAAUAUCUCAAUCCGCUCUAAAAAAGGACAAACAUCACAGAAGCCAACUGGUUAUACUACGCCAUUGUCCAGUCAAACUUCACCAAGGUCUGACAGGUGGAGUGAUGGUAAAGAAAGAAAUGUUAGGUCGUGGGGUGAGUCUUCAUCAUCGCAUGAGGUAGAGGAAUCGUUUAUUGAGGUUAUUGAUGAUGAUGAAUGCUCAAAGACAAACGAUGGGAAAAGACGAAGUUGGUCAGAAAUAUCCAGAGUCUCAGCACAGAGUGAUGAAACAGACAUUCCAGAAGAAUUGCCAUCUAAAGAGAAAGAAGAAUCGAUUGUUGAAAUCAUAGAUGUUUCCAUUCCUGAUGUAGAGAUGAGAGGUGCACAAAAUGAUUCAGACCCAGAAAAAACAAUAACAAAUAAGACGUCAAAAAUACCACCUUCGGAUGCAAAGCGACCCACGUUUGAAUCAGAACCUCCGGUUUCUCCUCCUGGCGACUCCUCUGAUAUCCUGGAAGACGUUUCUGAACAUUCGCAGAGUACGACAAGCGUCCCCGAACAAGUGCCGAGCAUUGCCGAAGAUGAGGCGAGUAAAAGUUCCGAAAUUCCAGAGGAAAUUUCUGAGAGGUCGUACACACCCAUACCAAGUGAUGAAAGUAUCUCGGAGGAAUACUCGAAAGUCGCUAAAGAUACUCAUUCAAAAGCAUCUGGCUUUUCACAUUCACCGAAAAGCAGCAAAGAUAUCAGUUCAAAAACUGCAAACUUUUCUUACGGAGAUGAUACUUUCGAGUACACUGAACCAGGCGGUAGUAUUGGUCUCGAAAUCAAAACAUCACCUGAAAAGUCACGAAGUAUUUCAGAGCAUUUGACGGGCCCUGCCGAGGAAAGUCCGAGCGUUCCCAAUGAACGUUCCUAUACGGAACCUGAAAGUGACAAAUCUGACCGAUUGUCAAGUAGUGACCGUCUCAAGAAGCAGUCUCAAAGUGACGCUGAGAAAAAUCUAACCAAAAACACCCGAGGGCGUAGCGAAGAUUCGGACGAUAGUUUGUCUUCCGAGAUAACGAUUUCUGAAAGAAGUAUCACGUCAUCUAGAUCAACAACUAAGGUUGAAAAAUCAAGAAAUUAUGAACAAGAUACGACAGUAAAACCAACAGUUCCUAAAAUGCAGUCAACAAGAAUAGAGGAGCAACGAAGGUUAUCUCAUGAACAUGAUGAAACUCAAUCCUCUCCAAGAGUCGAUUCGACCGAAAGCCGUUCAGAGUCCCCGUCGAUCGCCGAAGAUAUUGUUAGUAAUCAUGAAGAUGAGUCGGAAGGUGGAAGUUUCAGAGACGAGUUGAUUGAAGGGAGAAAAGAAGAUGAAAUUAAAGAGAUGGACAAAAUUGGACAAGAACCAAAUUUAGAAGAAACUGGAGUAAAAAACAUUACUUUAGAUGAAAUAAACAAUGAAUUUAGAGUGGACGAAAGUGGAUUAUUGGAUCAGGCAGCAUCAGAUAAACAUGGCUUAAAUGAGGUGAAACAGGGCGUUUGUGAAGAUGGCCAGAAAGUCCUUUCAUCGCCGGAAAGUGUCGCUGAUGUCUCGCCAGUUCUCAAACGUAAUGAAGACAGCAGAUCGCACAGCUCGCGGUCAUCACAACUUGGCACGAACAAGAUCGAGUAUUCCAAAGACUCUGGGGAUGAGAUCCAAUAUUCUGACGAUUUCGAUGAUGCCAGUAUUCCUGAAGAAAUCUCGGAAAUUGAUGAAGAACUUGCAGACGAUGCCAGCAACGAUGAGGACUCUGCAAAGUUUAUAACCAACAACAAAACCACGGAGGAUGAUCAGGACACACGGGGGCUUGGAUACGAGUUACGUGAACAUGAAAGUGAAUAUGAUGAAAACACGAAUAAGUUACAUUCUCAACAUGUGCUUGAUAACAUCACUAAUGACUUAUAUAAAAAUAUUGUAGCUGACUCUCUGAAUACAAUGAAGAACUUAACCAAACAAUCGGAUGGACAAGAACAAAGUGAAACGAACCAACAAAAUAGAAAGACUUUAACUAAAGCAGUUUCCACACUUAGCAAAAAUCUCGUCGAUAGGGAAGGAUCCAUUGGUGCAAACAUGGUUGAAAGUGGUGAUGCAAGACGUUCUAGCGGAGGACAUAUUUGUACGGAUGUUAUUACUGAAAGUCCGGAUACAAAAACAAACAAAGUCGGUAUUCAUGAUGAUGAUAGUGGUGAUGAGGUGGUAUAUGUGGAUAAAUAUGUUAGUCGUACAGAUACGAUCACAGAUGGACAAAUAGAUACAAAGAGUGAAACAGGUCAGGUUAGGAAAGAGCAACCAGGAACAUUUAUCGCUACUGCAGGGGUCACCCUCGAAGAUGAUACAGAUAGGGUGAAAAGUGGUAAAACAGAGACGGCAAGGAACCAAGGAAAUACCACUAUUGAUAAUAUUACCAAAGACUUACUGGCGGAUGCAAUCAUGCAAAUGAUUGAAAUAAAACGAUAUAAAAAUGAGAGAAAUGCCAGAUUGGCGGAAGCGGUGGAAAACAAAGCGUCAGAAGCUGCAACUGCGCGAACUUUACCUGAGUUGUCUCCAAGUAAGGAAAUUGUUCAAAAAACGACGUCCACAGAGAAUAUUCCGGAGAUUAAAUCCCAGAUUGCCGAUGAAACUGCGGUAAAUAACGCCCUGAUGAUCGCGAAAACAAACCAAAUUUUAAACGAAGAUGCUUUGAGAAGUAUAGAUGAUGACAUUGCAGGACUUUUAGGUACACCUCUUGAUGAUGAGGAUGAAUUUCCUGUAAAUGUUACAAACUUCAGCGCUGAUGCAACGUCUGAUAAUGAACUACCCGAGUAUAGUCCCAUGAUUGCCGUUCCACAUAACAUAGAAGAACUAAUACCGAUGGUUAACUCUACUGUUGAUGUUUUGCUUGAACAACGCCGAUUGGGGAUGCCGCUGAAUGACUGCAUACCGACGGCUCAUUUCCUAUCAGGAGAAACUGAAAACGAUUCAGAGUGUGUCAGCAUUCAAUCAUAUCGACAUCUUGUUUUUGAUCUGACAAAAGAAGUUGUUAUCGACACUAUUUCUCAAAAUGAACCAGCCACGCAACCUCCGUGGGCUAAGACGAAAUGGAAAAGCGGGCAAAAAUUAUCACGAAAUUUUAAGCGGUGGAAAAGCGAUGAAGACAUACGCGCGGCCGUCCUUGAACGAGUCACGAAUAUAAUUGGACUGGGAGCUCCACGAGCAACAAUGGCGACGUUACCGCGCAAGACACCUGUUCGCGGGAAUAAGAAGGAUAAUGUGGACGCUAUUCUAAUUGAAGAACUGAGACAGGAGGAACCAUUAUGGACCGACUAUCAAGAGGAUGAAACAAAUGUCAAAUUUCAAGUUGCAGACGCCAUUUUGAAUAUGUUAUUAGAAGACACAGCGCGUGUAUUUAGUGCUAUUCAAGCAAAGACAAAUGUGCCUGAUAAUGUACUUGUUGUUUAGGUUGACGUAAGUCCACAUAAUUUAGGAGCAUUCCAUUUUGGAAGCAACAUAAAACGUGAUGAUGUAGUUUGAUAUUUAGGUUGGGGUAAAUAGUUUUCGAUUUGUUACUUUAUAUUGUUAGUUAUCCCGGGAGUAAUAUAAACGCCAAGUUUUAUUGGCUUCGCUGCUGACAAUUUUGCCUGUUGUGUUGACGUUAUAGUUCAUACUAUAGUGAGUUGUGGUUGUCAUGCAUUGUGCAUGCAAAAAAAGUUACUGUUACAUGGUAGCUUAUUGUAGGGGCAGAAAAACUAGAAUGAAAUGUGUUAGGAAAAGAUAAGCAUUAUAUUGUAAAUCUUGAAAUAUUUCUGUAAAUAAUAUUGUUUCAAAAAAAAAAAGUAGUGUGUAUUGAGAAGAUUUUUUGAAGGGAGAAAAAGACAGAAGCAGGGUCGAGCCUGUUUGGUUUCCCCGUAAUGGUUCC